CUAAACUGUGGUCAGCAGCCUCUAAAAAACAGAGGAAAGCGAUGGCAGUGACUGAAGUGUCUAGGAUGGAAGAGGAAGGGAGUAUGAUUAGAGCAGUCAGCCAGCAGCAGCAAGGACACUGCACAGUAUGGGAGGGUACAUCUGAUGGAGUUUUAAGAUGGGCUGUCCUGUGGAAGAUACCCCAGGAACAGGCUAAGAUUUCUAAUAAGAUCCACCUAUGAUACCCUUCCAAACCCUGGAAAUUUGUCUCUAUGGUAUGGCAAAGUGGAGAUUUGUCCCUCUGUGAGGCCCCAAGAGCAAAUCUGCAGCACAUGUUGGCUGGGUGCAAGACUGCCUUGGUACAAGGAUGGUACAGGUGGUGGCAUGAUAAGGUUCUGCGAAAGUUGGCGGUAUGACUUGUAAAGCAGCAAGUUUUUGAUAGGGAUGCAAGAACUAGAAGCAAUGGAAAGGAUCCGGAGUCCAACUGCGAGGUGUGGCAGGAAGGUGUCCCACACCAUUGCUUCUCCACCAGGAGAUGUUCUGGGAUUAAUGGGGCGAACUAUCUCUGAUGGGUGACUCCCAACUGAUGACCCCCUAGCUGGACGACUGAAGGCUCUGGUGGAGGUGCAGCAGGCGAAAAUGCCCAGCAUGUUUAGACAGCUACCUGUGCAUCUGAUGAAUAGGAUCAGGUCCAAAGUUGAGUUGGAGCUGUUGGGUGUGCCAGAUGAGUUAUCUUUGUUCAUUAACGCAACCUGCCUGGAUGGAGAGGUCUUCACAGGUGUCCAAUCCUGUACCGGACUCAAGAUUGGAGAUAUGGUGUCAUUUAGCAUUGAGGCAAAACUAUACGGCUGUCCCAAAGAGAAGAGCCGGACAUUCACUGUGAAACCAAUAGGCUUCCAAGACGCACUGCAGGUGACUGUUGACCAUGCUUGUGACUGUGACUGUCAGCAGACCUCAAAAAUGGCCAGCCCUUCCUGUCACCAUGGCAAUGGGACCCUUGAGUGUGGUCUCUGUAGUGACACCGGUCUGUAGUGGACGGGGAGACUGUGUGUGUGGCCAAUGUACAUGUCGCUCAACUGAUUUUGGGAA